CCCCCGCCGAAUCUUGCAUCUGCGUAGUUGGUGUUAUUGUGACUCUACGGCCGUGGCCCCGGAUGUUGUGGCUGCCGGCAGGGGAUGGCUGAGCCUGAGGGGGUGGCCGCGGCCCCUGGCCCAUCUUCCGGGCCGACUUUUAGGGGCCGCCGUGCUGUGUCAGGCUCCUGGGAGCGGGAGCGGGAGCAGCUGGUUGAGGCGGCGCAGCGGGCCCUGGUGGAGGUGUUGGGGCCUUACGAGCCUCUGCUGAACCGGGUGCAGGCAGCCUUGGUGUGGGAGCGGCCAGCUAGGAGCGCCCUGUGGUGCCUGGGGCUGAACGCGGCUUUCUGGUUCUUUGCACUGACAUCUCUUCGUCUUGUGUUUUUGCUUGCAUUCAGCUUGAUGAUUAUUGUGUGUAUAGAUCAAUGGAAGAACAAAAUCUGGCCUGAAAUAACAGUGCCAAGACCCGACGCGUUAGACAAUGAGAGCUGGGGCUUUGUGCACCCUCGGUUGCUCAGCGUGCCCGAGCUCUGCCACCAUGUAGCUGAAGUCUGGGUUAGUGGGACCAUUUUCAUAAGGAAUCUUUUGCUUUUCAAAAAGCAAAACCCAGGCAAGUUCUGCUUGCUGAGCUGUGGGAUUCUGACCUCACUGGCCAUCUUGGGCCGCUACAUCCCUGGGCUCCUGUUGUCCUACUUAAUGCUUGUCACUGUCAUGAUGUGGCCUCUUGCUGUGUAUCACCGACUAUGGGAUCGAGUGUAUGUGCGGCUAAAGCCAGCUCUGCAGCGGCUGGACUUCAGUGUCCGUGGCUACAUGAUGUCCAGGCAGAGAGAAAGACAAUUGCGCCGCAGAGCUCUACACCCGGAACAUGCCAUGGACAACCACAGUGACAGCGAGGAGGAACUUGCUGCCUUCUGUCCUCAGCUGGAUGAUUCUACUGUUGCCAGGGAAUUGGCCAUCACAGACUCUGAGCACUCGGAUGCAGAGGUCUCCUGUACAGACAACGGCACAUUCAAUCUUUCCAGGGGCCAGACACCUCUAACAGAAGGCUCUGAAGACCUAGAUGGUCACAGUGAUCCAGAGGAAUCCUUUGCCAGAGACCUUCCAGACUUCCCUUCCAUUAACGUGGAUCAUCCUGGCCUUGAUGACGAAGACGACACCAGCAUUGGGAUGCCCAGCUUGAUGUACCGUUCCCCACCAGGGGCCGAGGAGCCCCAGGCCCCUCCUGCCAGUCACGAUGAGGCUGCACUGCCGGGGCUUCUGCUCGGGGCCCUGCCUGCAGGAUCCAACCUCACCAGCAACCUUGCCAGCCUGGUGUCCCAGGGCAUGAUCCAGCUGGCCCUGUCAGGGGCCUCCCAGCCAGGCCCCUCAGGCCCUGCUCCCCGAAGAGCAACAAGAGGCUUCCUCCGGGCCCCCAGUUCAGACCUGGACACAGAUGCUGAGGGGGAUGACUUUGAACUUCUUGACCAGUCGGAGCUGAAUCAGCUGGACCCUGCCAGUUCCAGGAGCCACUGAGGCAGAAACUCCUUUUGGGGGGGCACUGUGGUUUAGGUUUUUUUCCUCACCCCGUCCCAUUUUAGGUGAAGGGGCAAGGGAAGAACCCAGGUCCCGUCCCCUGAAUUAUAUUUGUACGCUGAGUGGCCUGGCUGAUGCUCAGAGGCCUGCUUAGAGAGGAUACUCCCCUGCUACCAGCUGGAUACUGUGUGAGCUCGGUCACUGACCUGAGAGUGUGGUCCCCAAGGGAGGCCUUUCUCCAACAGGGUGGUACUUCUGGGGAACAAAGUAGUCAGGGGUAUUGGUUCCCCUUUGAGGGGUGCUACUGUUUCCUUCCAGGUAUGGGUGCUUGGGGGCCCUCACUGAGAGAAGAGCCCAUUCCUUCCUUCCUUCCGUUCAUCACCUUCCUAGAGCCUCCAAAGUCAGGCAGCAGCUGGAAGAGUUACAUUGUCAUUCUCUUCUGUGAAAUCAUGAUUUGGUUUGGGUUUUUUCCUAAGCAAGCUUGUCCUUUGGUUCUGCACAGGAGGCCUGCCGCUCCCCCGCCUCUUCAGCCCAUCCUCAUUUCUGGAGGCCUGACCUCCAGUCCUCCAGAAUAAUGCUUGUGAAACUUAAAUGUGAACACGAUGGGGGGACGGGCCUCUUCUGCAUCCCCUUGGGCCAUGGGGGUCAGUAGGCCAGGAGGGUCAAGGAGUGCUUCUGCACCUUCUGGUCUCAUCGAAGCCCCUGGAGCUGCCUGCUUGUCUUUGGUGCUGUUAACCCCUGGCUCCAUCUGACCAUCAGCCUGAGCAAUGAGCAAAGCAAUACCAUACCCAUUUCUCUGUUCCUGCUCCUUCCCCUGCUCCUCCUGUGGAGAAGUAAUAACUCCGUGGAGGACGACAGAGUAGCACUUUACAAAUGGCCCAGUGGCAUUCAUACCAGGAGCCACCAGUUCUCUUGCACCAGCUGUUCUUAACUCUACUGCUUUUAUUUUCAGCUGCUUCCUGUCUUGGCAGGGCCUCCUUUAAGGAUGAGCCCAGUUGGCAAAAAUGUGUCUAUAAUCAGCAGAGACCCCUCCAAGGGGCGUCUGUCCUGCUGCUCCUAGUAAAAUCAUGUGAGACAAAACCCAGAAAAGCUAAUUCUAAGUCUGUGCCAGCCCACAGCCUUCUGGCUCCCAAUCAGAGCUCAAGCCAAACUCUUCUUUCCUCUUUCCUGCUGCAUUAACCCUUUGCCAAUCCUCAGGGACCACUCCCCCAGCACCCCCAUACCUGGGUGAGGGAUGUUGGACAGAGCCCAUUUUCAUGUGCUGCAAGUGGGGGUGUGCAAACAUGUUUGCUCUUGGUUGCUGGAAGGGUACAGAGGCCAGAAAAUGAAAAUAGUUAACAGAACGGAGAAGUAGGUGCCUGUUACGCAGUUGCUUGCCUUUGUGUGAAGGGUAGGGGUAACGGCACCCCCUGGUUUAGGGUUCUCAAACAUACUUGGGGCACCUCUCAGAGCCCAGAUGUCUUACAGGUGGGCUCUGAUGUGGAAAAAAUGGGAGGUGUGAGAAAGGAAUGGGAUUUUGUGUGCAUGAGUGUGUGUAGCUUCGGGCCUUGGGAAUUGUGAAGAGGAGGGGAGGAAAGCAAGGAGAACAAAAUCUGUGGGAGCUGUUUCUCAUACCUGGGGGAUCCUGCUCUGAAUCUCCUUAGUCCUCCACUGUGAAUUGGGGACGGGUGGGCGGGCGGGCGAGUGCUGGGGAAUAAAUCUUGUAUGAGAACCAGGCUUUAAGAGACUUAGUAUUGAAUGGUGUCCUACCCUUGAGAAGUCUUGUAUUAAUCUGAGAUCUCGUUAAUUUGAAGAGGUGACAGCCUCAGAAGAGAGAAGCACGUGCCCGUCCCUGUUUUUCCUGUGAGACUUAACAGUCACCAUAGUAUGAGGCCACUUCGCUUCCCCCGGAGAGCGCAGCAUGAGAGGAACCUAGGCUGCAGUUCCCUCAUUUCUAAUUCUUAAUAAUACUGUCUCCUAAACGUGAGAAGUACAUUUUAGGCGCUAGUGAGAUUUUAGGUAGCAUAAGCCUUUAAAAAGCACCGCGCUCCUCCUCCACUGGAUUAAGCUGCAGGGACAGCUGCUCUUCGGCCUUCAGCUGACCUCAGAAACUAGAAAUACUUAUUUCAGGCUCUGUCCCACUGGCCACUGUGGGCAGGAGUGGAAAGCACCUGGCAGGUGCUGUCGUGAGCUUGACCAGACCCACAGGAAGCUUCUCUACAGUCUUUGCGGCUUAGGAAUAGCCCCCUCCAAGCGAACCGAACCUUGGCGAUCGAACCACAGCGUGUGUUGAGCACCCCCUGUGGGUGAAGCUCCGUAACGGGCACGGACUGUGUAACGCUCUUCCUCUGGCGCUGACGCUAUUAAAGUUUUCACAACCA